UGUCGCUUAUAAUAAUAUUACUGUCGUUCCCGAUUCCGUUGGACGCGAUUCGCGGUAUACCGGUUGGUAACCGGUAAGUAGGUACCUCUAACAUCACUAUUGUGCGGUACAUGAGCGACUGCUGCUGCAGAUGUUUAGUCUCCACCGGUGGUUGUGCUUCAGGACGAUUUUCAAACAUGAAACGAUUUUACGCGAUGUUGGUCACUGCAGGACUCAUGGUGUUGUGGCCGGUGGACGAGGUGUUUACAGCCGACGCCACUGCCCCGCCGCCGGCAGCAGCCACCGUCUCCUCGGCCGUGGCCAGCGCCUCCUCCGCCAUCGCCACCGCCUCAUCGGCCAUCGCCAAGGCCUCGACGGCCAUCGCCACCGCGUCUUCGGCCAUCGCUACCGCCUCGUCGGCCAUCGCCACUGACCCGUCGUCGUCCGCCGCAGUGGACGCGAUCACUUGCGACGACGACACCGCCGAUCUGUGCGACACCUCUGCCGCCGCCACUUCCGCGGAGACAUCCAUCACCACUUCCGUCGCCACUUCCACCGCCACUUCCGCCGCCACUUCGGCCAUCGCAGGUGACGAUUGUAGCACGGUCGCGUCUGCUUUGAGACUCGGACACGGUGCCGACGACCCGACGGCGCAACAGGUCGACGACGACCGCGGUGGAACGGGUCGAGGUCUAGACAUCGUAGGUCCUAGCCGUCUGACCGACAGAUUCAACCGAGUCGACGUCCGACCGAGGACCGUCGGCGUGAAGAUCACGGAGAAAGUCAUCUUGACCGCCGUCACCAUGUUUUUCGAAAAAUUCGAAUUGGCCUUGUACAUGUCGCUGUACAAACUGAAACUCAUCUACACCACGGUCAUAGCGCCGGUGUUGGGUUUAUAGUUUUUAGCCGGUGGUGUUUUUGCUUAAUAUAAUAAUAUGAUAUUUUACACGACAAUAAUAAGUGAUCGUAUAUCAAUUAUUUCAGUUAGGGUCCGGAUUUAAGUGCCCUGAUAAUGCUCUAGAAAACUGCCUUUUCAACGCAAUAAUGCCCUCGGAAUAUU